AUGUCGAAAUCGCGGGGGAAUAUUAUUAAUCCUGAGGAACUACUAGAAAAAUACGGAGCUGACGCACUAAGGCUUUAUGAAGUAUUUAUAGGACCUUCAGAACAAACGACUAGUUUUGACCCUCGUGGAGUUCGUGCUAUGAAAAAGUGGUUAGAUAGAGUUUACAAAUUUUUUAUUGAUUAUCGUGAAGUUGCUUUAACCGAUAUUUCUAAUAAAGAAAUUGAAAAAGAAUAUUAUGAAAUGGUGAUAAAAACCACUGAAUACUAUCAAAAUGUUAAACUAAAUUUAGUAGUCUCCUCCUUGAUGAGUUUUAUCAAUAAAUGUUAUAAGGUCGAAACUAAGUACAUAUCUAGAGAGUUUUUUCUAGGAUUUUUAAAAGUUUUAAGCCCAAUCGCACCCCAUAUUAAAAACAAUAAUACUUAUCAGUCUAUUCAAAAAUUAGCUGAACGGGAAGGAGUAACAGAAGAAAAAAUAAAAGAAAUAAUAAUAAAUUCCAUUCGCAAAACUUAUUAUAAAAAAGAGAAUGAUAAAGUUGACCUACAUAUUGAAUUCGACAAAACUCUAUUAGUUUAUCGCAAAUACAAGGUAGUUCCGGAAGUUGGGGAUUCAGAAAGAGAAAUAACAAUCGAUAGUAAUCUAUUGAAAAAGGGGAAAAUAAAAGAUAAUUUUUUUUACUUGCCUCUCGAUAUCAGAAGUUUUUCGCUUUCACUUAACUAUGAAAUUAAGAAGCAACUGCAAAAAGACUUGGAAAUAAUCCAGGAAGAAAAACAAUAUAAUUUUUUUAAACCCUUUGAAGGGCAAUUAGUGCGAGGUCAAAACUUGUAUUUCUUGGUUAAAGAAGCAAGAGCAAAAACAGAAAAGAGUGCACCACAAGUUAUUCUAACUCGUUAUGGUAACUUAUUUCUAACUAGACUACUAGAACUAGAAAUACCCGAGAUAAAGGAAGGAAUGAUUGCCAUCCGUCAUAUCUUAAGGUUGCCGGGGUUACAUGAAGGAAAAAUACUAAAAAAAAUUAGCGAGUAUUUAGAAGUAAAUAUUCAUGCAGUAAUAUUGGAAGAAAUUGAAAAAAACGAGGUUCUAGCAAAUAAAGGACGAAUUUUUCAAGAAGUUGGACAAGUUAUAAGUAAAAAUCAAACUCUGUCUUUUGACCUGCUCAAAGAUUAUUGCAAGAGUAUAAACAUAGAAAUAAAAAGAAAUGACGAAAUAAAUUUCGGAGAGAUUACUAGUGAGUAUUUGCAAAAAUUGGAUGAUAAUAGUCAAUUAGUUGAACGUCCUCCUAUUGUUAGUAUUAUGGGUCAUAUCGAUCACGGUAAAACCACCCUUUUGGACACUAUUCGUCAAACUAACUUCCAGGUCAAGGAAGUUGGAGGAAUAACCCAAAAAAUUACUGCUUCACAAAUAGCUUUUCAGGACAAGAAAAUUACUUUUUUAGAUACUCCGGGUCAUAGCGACUUUAUCAAAAUGAGACAACGGGGAAUUUCUCUAACUGAUAUAGUAGUGCUAGUAAUUGAUGCCAGUGAUGGAAUAAUGUUUCAAACAGAAGAGAUUAUUGAUUACCUUCACAAGUAUCAAAUACCAGUCAUUGUCUUUAUUAAUCACAAAAAGCCUGAACAAACCGAUAAUGAAACCAAUCUAAAUAGGAUUAGAACGCAGCUGCAAGAAAAAGAAAAUAUUUUACUGGUGGCUGAUUGUAAGUCUAAUUUACAGCAUCCAACCAACGGGGUAGUAAUUGAUCAUUAUCUUCAUUCAAAAACCGGUUCGGCAGUAACAGAAUUACUAGUCCAAGAGGGCAAGGUCAAUGAAAAAGAUACUAUUUUUCUCAACGGAAAAUUUAGCAAAGUAAAAAUGAUAUAUGAUUUAUAUGGCAAAAAAAUAGAAACGGCUUUUCCUAGCGAUCCAGUCAAAAUCAUUGGCUUAACUUCCUCAACUGAAUUAGGAGAUAGAUUUUUAGUAAUAAAUGACGAUAACAUCGUAAAAACUCUUGAAAAAGAGUUAAUCCCUUACCAAGAAAAAAAAACUAAAAUCGCCCCUCCGCCAGUUACUAAAGAAAAAAAUAAUAUUAAUUUAGUUUUGUUAGCUGACAGCCAAAAUCGACUUGAAGCCCUCACAGAAAUGGUUAAAAAAAAAACUUCUUCUAAGGGAGUCUUGUCCUUUGGCCUACAACUCAAUCAAGAGCAAGCCAAAACUUUUAAAGAAAAUAAUAUUUCUUUUUUUAGUAGCAAUAUCAUCCACGAAAUUACUGCUAAAAUAGAAGAAAUUAUUAGCACCCAACAAGAAGAAAUAGAAGAGAUAGAGGAAAUAGUAGGAACAGCACUAGUAAAAGUAGUCUUUGAAUUUUCCAAGGGUAACAUUGCCGGUUGUCAAGUAAUCAGUGGCAAGAUUAGCCGUAGCAAUAAACGCGUUUAUGUUCUACGAGGAAAAGAAGAAAACAAAGUUUUUGUCGGCGAAAUUAAAAGUUUAGAAAGUAAUAAAGUAGAGAAAAACGAAGUCAGCAGCAAUCAAGAAUGCGGAAUUGUCCUGAAAGGAUUUGACAAAUUCCAAACAGGAGAUAAAAUAGUCGCCUUUCAAUUAGUAAAAAAAAAUGUUAAUCAAACCUAA